UAAAUUAAGCUUUCAACCAUUGAUGAUAGAUUAAUAAUAUUUUAGGUCUUUUUGAUAAAAAUAGUAGUUGUCUUAUACAGGACCGGCCCAAUCAACCUAGAGGUUCUGUUCUAAUUUUAAAAAUACCUCAAAUUUCUCAUCUUCAAUAAUAACAAUUCUAUCCAUUGUCUUUCAUUCCCUCUCUCUCAUUCCUUCUCUCAGCCCAAAUACCUCACGCACUAACAGAAAAAAUUAUCAAGGAAUGAACAUGUAAUACAACCAAUUUUGCAGCUCUAUCAUAUAUCGUAAUUAGAGAAAUUAAUGAUCACCAAGAGAUGGAUGAUUAACAUAUAUUAUAAAAAAAAUUGAGUACCUUGUUUUAUUUUAUUAGCAACAGUACAAAAUCGUAAAUUUUGAAAGAAAAAAAAAUACAUUUAUUGGGGGCUAAUACAACAACCAAAUGGGAACUAAGGAAUAUUUUCACAUAAGGAAUCAUGCCGAGGAUGACGCAACAUUUUCCGGCGACAGUGAAGGUGACCAUCUAAAGGGGUUUCACGUAUCUGCCUCAAGGCUGAAGAUGAUAAAUCUAAUUAUAUUUCCGGUGGUGUGCAGUUUCGCGGUGAUGUUUAAAAUAUAUUUCUUAAGUGUUUUGUUUUGUUUUGUUUUUAAAAUUAUGAAACCUUCUCAGAUGUAAAAUCUUCAUUAUAGGGUUUAUUUUCUAUGAAUAAUGACACAUGAUCUUUCCUCCAACGAAGAAGCCGCCGAUACUGCUCAUAUUUUCGAGGUUUCGAUAGAACACGAAUCUCCUCUUCCCUUUUGAUUUCGAUUAUGAUUCUCCUUCUUUCUUUUGCUUCUGUUUCGUUUGUGUGGUGUUAUUUGUUGUUGUUACUGUGAGAGUUGUUUCUGUUAACAGAAUGCUUUCAAAAUGUAGAGCGUUACACCUUGCCUACAAAGUAUUCGAUGAAAGUUCCUAAGCUAUAUUGAUUUAUGUUGCUGCUUUCAAGUGAUAUGCGUAUUUGGAAAGUUGUUCGGUGUCGUGUUGUUGAUUACAUUGAGAUCUGAGAGAUACAUGUUGUGUUAGAGUACUGUAAAGAAGGAGAGGAACAUUUUCUGGCUGAGGACAUUUUUUCAGUUGCAGGUUCGGAGGACUCCGGCGAGAAGCUUUGUUUGAAGUCCGGUGGAAGAGAUGAUAACAUCACGGUAGGCAAAAGUUGUUGUCCCUCGAAAAAGGACAAAAGGGAACUUUUUGGUAGUUUCGAUAAAGCAGUGUAUAAGGCUAGGGAGAUGGAAUGUUUUAGCAAAAGUAAUGAUGGCGUACAACAGAAGGAUUUUGUAAACAGUAGCGGUUUAAAAACACCUUUUGCUUUGACUUCCUCAGACAUAAAGGUGGCUUGCUCUGUGGAGGACAGCGCAUCCACGUGUGCGCCUCUUUUGAUCAAUCACGUGCCUCCAAGGGAGAAUAAAAAAAGAGUUAAGUUCAAACGUUUUUCUGUUUUAGUUAGGCCAGGCAAGACAGUUUUAUCCAAGCCCAAUGACAUUAAGAGUAAGGCAACUGUUUUGAACAUUAGGCCCAAGUUUCUUUCUGAAGCCCCGGUUGGUUCGGAUUCUAUCCAAAAUUCUGAUGAUCUUUCUCAGUAUCAUGGGCAGUUCUCGGCGGAGUCAGACAUCCAAAGAUGCAACAAACGGCUGGUGAAUGCUUUGAGGAACGGAGGUGGAAAGAUGUUGUGGAUAGCUAUCGUCAACCUGGGGAUCUCUUCUACUGAGUCUGAAAGCGUGUUUAAGAUGCGGAUUCAAAAUCUAGAGAAGUCUUCAUAGGAUUCUAAAGAGGGUGGGAAGGUGAACAACGAUUUUUCCUCAUGAUUAUUGGGUCCUUCAAUAUCAGAGGAGGGGGCGGAUCGACGAAGAGAAGGAGGAUUAGCAACAUAAUUAGUAGAGGGAAGGCUGACAUUUUCUUGCUGCAAGAAACAAAGCUCAAGUCUUGUCCUAUUGGGCUUGCAAAUAGCUUUUGGAGUUCUGAGAGUAUUGGGUUUUCAGCUUCGGAUUCGGAAGGAUUGUCGGGUGGCCUUUUGAUUUUGUGGAAGGAUUCUGUUUGCGACGUGGUUCUCAGUUUCAGAGGCAGCAGCUACUUGGGUGUUAAGGUCAGAUGGAAUAAUCUCUUCUAUUACAUUGUUAACAUUUACUCUCCUUGUUCGGUUUCUUUGAAACGUGUCCUGUGGAGCAAACUUAUUUCUUUAAAAUCUGUUUAUUCUGAUGGAGAGUGGCUGAUUGGUGGGGAUUUUAACAAUAUCAAGAACAGUGAGGAGAGAGUGGGGAGGAUUGUUGGAGGAAUGCGCUCGGAGUGGAGUGAAUUCGAGGGAUUUAUUAAGGAUAUUGGAUUAGUAGAUAUUCCUUGGAAAGGUAAACGUUUUACUUGGUUUAGUGGCGAUGGGAAAUGCAAGAGCCGGUUAGACAGAUUCCUUGUUUCAAAUUCGAUUCUGGACAGGUGGGGAAUUGUGGGGCAGUUUGUUGGGCAAUGCGACAUUUCCGAUCAUUGCCCGGUAUGGUUGAUGAUUGAUAAGGGAGAUUGGGGUCCAAAGCCUUUUAAGUUCAACAACGAGUGGUUUAAACACAAAGAUUUUAUUCGUUUCGUUGAAAAGGAGUGGCUAGUCUUGGAUGUUCAUGGUAGGGGCGAUUAUGUGUUAAAGGAAAAGCUAAGACUUCUUAAAUCGAGGCUUUCUUGGUGGAAUUAUAAUGUGUUUGGGAGGAUUGAUUUGGACAUCGAGGAAGGGGCUAAGGAGAUGAAUGUGAUAGACGAAUUAGGGAAGGACGAUGGGAUAAAAGAGGAAGAGUUGAAAAAGGCUAGCAAGAAGUUUUGGCUUAACUUAAAGAUAAAGGAGAAUAUGAUUAUCCAACGAUCGAGGUUGAGAUGGAUUAAUGAUGGGGAUUUAAAUAGUAGGUACUUCCAUUCCUUUAAACUCUUGUAGAGGGGUGUUUGAAUCGGUGGAAGAGGUGAGAGGGGAGGUUUAUGAGCAUUUUAGGAACAAAUUCAAAAAGAAUAUUUUGAAUAAACCUAUUUUGGAAGGGUACUCUUUUAAAAGGAUUAGUGAGGAGGAAAGUGGUUUUCUCGAAGCUCCAUGUGUUGAAGAGGAGGUUAAAGAAGCGGUAUGGAGUUGUGAUGGUGCUAAAAGCCCGGGACCCGAUGGUUUUUCCAUUCUUUUCUUCAAAAAAUGUUGGGGUUUUGUUAAAAAGGAUGUCAUGGCUUGCUUUUCGGACUUUCAUUCGUGCGCUUUGCUUUCAAAAUCCAUUACGUCUUCCUUCUUGGCCUUGAUACCUAAGAAGAAGACACCGUUGGAUCUUGACGACUAUAGAUCUAUAUGUUUGGUAGGUUGCAUCUACAAGGUGAUAGCGAAACUUUUGGCGGCUAGACUUAAAAAGAUUAUUGGUAACAUUAUUUCAUUAAGUCAAAAUGCCUUUGUUCCCGGGAGACAAUUACUAGACGAUGUGCUUGUGGAAACGAAGUUGUGGAUUUUGCUAAGAAGGAGAAUAAAAGUUGUGUUAUUUUUAAAGUCAAUUUUGAGAAGGCAUACGACAAAGUGAGUUGGCCUUUCAUUCGCUUUAUGUUUGAUAAGAUGGGUUUUGGGGAGAAAUGGGCGUGUUGGAUGGAGGCGAUGAUUUUUAAUAGCAAUAUGUCCGUUAUGGUGAACGGUUGCCCAACUAAAGAGUUUAAGGUGGAGAAAGGGUUAAGACAAGGCGAUCCCCUAUCGCCGUUCAUCUUUGUUAUUGUGGCGGAAGGAUUGAAAGGAUUGAUUGACAAGGCGGUUUUGAAUGGAGAUUAUACGAGAUUCAUUAUUAAUGGCAAAUGUUUCGUAGAUGUUCUCCAAUUUGCGGACGAUACGCUUUUGGUAGGAGACGGGAGUUGGAAUCAUCUUUGGGCCAUCAAGUCUGUUUUGAGAGGUUUCGAACUCAUUUCGGGGUUAGGAAUUAAUUUUCAAAAAAGCAAAAUCAUUGGAAUCAAUACUAGUAGCAAUUUUUUGGAGGUGGCUUCUUCUUUUCUUGGUUGCAAGAAGGAAAAUGAUGAGUUUGCGUUCCUUGGUAUUCCUAUAGGAUGUAAUCCUAGAAGAUUAUCCGUUUGGCGUCCUCUUGUGAAUAAGAUUCAAAAGAGGUUGAAUAGUUGGAAGGGUAGAUACUUAAGCAUUGGAGGAAGGUUAACUCUUUUAAAGUUGGUCCUCGGGAGUCUUGCUAUUUUCACGCUUUCGUUUUACAAAGCUCCCAAGAGUAUCGUAAAUGAAAUCUCUAAAAUGGAAAGUAACUUUUUGUGGGGUGGAACGGCGGAAAAAAGAUGUAUCCAUUGGGCGAAGUGGAGUUGUGUGUGUUUACCGGUAGAAAACGGUGGAUUGGGGUUAAGUAUAAUCGAAGAUUUCAAUGUGGCAUUACUUUGCAAGUGGAAGUGGAGGAUUUUGGAGGGCAAGAGCGGGAUUUGGCUCAAUGUAUUGAAAGCAAGGUAUGGUGAUUUGCAUUAUCGGAUUGUCAAUGGCGAUAAAAACGUAAAGAAGAAGGGCUUGUGUUCCUCAUGGUGGGUGGAUUUGUUGGCUAUAGAGAGAGGUAUACCGGAGGAGGUGUUUUAUGGUGGCUGCACUUUCUCGGAGGGCAACGGGUUUUCAUCUUUAUUUUGGCAUUCUUCUUGGACUGCAUAUGGUCCUUUCAAGGACUGUUUUCCUUCGCUGUUUUUUUAUUCUGUGCUGCAGGACGUAUCGUGUACUGCCAUGGGGGGUUG